AUGGCAAAACCUUUAGAUCACAUCAAGAGACCUAUGAACGCCUUCAUGGUUUGGUCCAGAGGUCAGAGGAGGAAGAUGGCCCGGGAAAACCCGAAGAUGCACAACUCUGAAAUCAGCAAGAGACUCGGAGCGGAGUGGAAGAUGCUCUCUGACUCUGAGAAGCGUCCCUACAUCGACGAGGCCAAGAGACUGCGGGCUCAGCACAUGAAGGAGCACCCGGAUUACAAGUACAGACCCCGGCGCAAACCUAAGAGUCUCCUGAAGAGGGACCGGUUCGUUUUCCCGUUGCCGUCUUUACUCGGGGACGCAGCGGAACACUUGAAAGGAUUUUCCAUCGACUCUUUUCUCGUCCCCGGGGAUAAAGCCAGAGCUCUCCUGGCUCCCGCCUCCGCUGCUUCCUCAUUCUCUCUCCUGGAGCCGGUGGCACAUUUCAGCACCGGAGCUGUCCAGCGGAUGGCGGAGAUACCGCACUCUCUGACCGCAGGCGCCGUGCCCUACAGCGCGCACACCUUUGGAUACCAGACUGGAGGGUUUGGGGGUCUGCCCUGCCCCGCACAGCACACCCACACUCACCCAUCGCCUUCCGGCCCGGGAUACAUGAUGCCGUGUAACUGUGGCGCCUGGUCUGCAGCUACUUUACAACCCCAGGUGGCAUAUAUCCUCUUUCCUGGAGGGAUGACCAAGAGCGGCAUGGACUCGUACGCUUCACCCAGCUCCAGUGUGUGACAGACUGGAUA